CUGUCACUGUAGGUUAUACAUUACUGAGUGCUUGAUGUGGUUAUGGUGUGAGCGGACUCCCCCUCCCCCGUUACCGGGAUGACAGCGCCCGGUCCUGCUGGAAGCGACACCCACACACCGCUCGUAUCGCAGCGGGUCGGAACUGAGCGCCCAGACCGGCCGGUACCGCAGCACUCCGGUAGCGGCUCAGCACCGAGAGGCAACGCCGCGCAGCACACGCCGCCAUGGUGCUGCGGAGGUCGUACGGUAGAUGGCAGGCGCCUUAUAGUGACGAGACGCGCUUUACGCGCUCUCCUUAGAGCUUGUGUGCGCUGACCUUCUUCCCAGGAUGCUCUGCGCGCCCCCUAUGGUUCCGACCUUCUUCCCAGGAUGCUCUGCGCGUCCCAGGGCUCUGACCUUCUAACCCAGAAUUCUGUGCGCGCUGUCCUGUUGCGGAAGUAGCCAUGGCCGGGGAAUACCUGGCAGGGCAGCCGCUGCUUACAGCGCUAAAGAAAGAGAAACCCGGACUGAAAGACGAGUCCAGGGCACUAGCCGAGAAAGCGCUGACCCAUGGCCCCGGUGCUAUAGUGCCAUUCAGUGUAGUGCGGGAACUGCACCAAAUCCUGAGGGAGAAAGGUCAGAGAACCAGGAAUCCCAUUAACCUUGGAACUGGAGGGCACAGGGGGCUCUGGGUCUAGGGGGUACUGGAGGGCACAGGGGGCUCUGGGUCUAGGGGGUACUGGAGGGCACAGGGGGCUCUGGGUCUAGGGGGUACUGAGGACAGGGCCUGGGUCCAGGGGUACCCGGAGGGGACAGGGGCUCCACGGGUCUGGGGGUACUUGAGGGACAGGGGGCCCUGGGUUCAGGGGGGGUCAAGUGGAGGGCCAGGGGCUCUGGGUCCAGGGGCACCUGAGGGACAGGCCUGGGUCUAGGGGGUCAUGGAGGGACAGGGGGCUCUGGGGUCUAGGCAACUGGAGGGACAGGGGCCCUGGGUCCAGGGGGGGUCAUGGAGGGGACAGGGGCUCCAGGUCUAGCGUGGGUACCUGGAGGGGAAGGGGGCUCCUGAUCCAGGGGGGUACUGGAGGGAAAGGGCCUCAGACUCCAGGGGGGGCACUGGAGGGCCCUGGGUCCAGGGGGCACUGGAAGGAAGGGCCUGGGUCCAGGGGUACCUGGAGGGGCCUCUGGGUCUGGGGUACUGGAAGGGAAGGGGGCUCUGGGUCUAGGGGGAUACUUGAGGGGAAGGGUGCUUUGGGUCUCUGGGGUACUGGAGAGUAAGGGGGCUCUGGGUCUAGGGGAUGAGCUGGAGGUUAGGGGGGAACUGGAGGGGGCUCUUGGGGUAGGGGGAACUGGUGAGGACAGUGCGUUCUGGGGGGAGAGGGGGCUGUGGGGGUAGGAGGGGACUGAGGGUACGGGAAACUGGUGAGGACAGGAGGCUCUGGGGGUAGGGGGAACUGGUGAGGACAGGGGACUCUGGGGGGAGAGGGGGCUCUGUGGGGUAGGAGAGAACUACAGAGGACAAGGGGGUUCUGGGGUAGGGGGGAACUGGAGUGGGCGAGGUGGGUUCUGUUAGAUCUAAUAUCUGGGCUGGUAACAUUCUCCAGUUCAGCAAUACAGAUUGUGAAUCAGGCUAAGGUUUACAAAUUCAUCUUAAAUUGCUUUACUGGUACAGUUAUUAAUAAAUAUAUCUUCUAUUAUUGGUAUUUAUAUAGCGUUAACCUAUUCCUCAGCAUUUGACAAUAUUAGCAAAGGAGGAAAUGCAACAAUAUUUGAGACAGUUACAACAGGGCUUGACAAAUUUGCUUAGGAUCUAGGAACAAGCUAAAAAAGUUAGGAGCCUUUUUCAAUGUCAAACAUACAAUUCUUAAAGGCACACUAGUCACCAGAUACACUACAGCUUAAUGUAGUUGUUCUGAAGUCUAUAUCUUAUUCCUGCACGAUUUUCAAUGUAAAUACUGACUUUUCAGAUAAAAGGCAGUAUUUACAUUGCUGCCUGGUAACACUUCUAGUGACAGUCACUCAGACGGUCUCUAAAGGUGCUUCUUGGAUGUUCAUGCGCCCCAUCGGAAUGCAUUGAUUCAAUGCAUCUCUAUGAGGAGAAGUUAAUUGGCACAGCAUGGCAUUUUGAUGCGCUUGCGCAAUAGUCGCCCAAUGUUUUUCUAUAGGGAAGCAUUAGAUUGACUGUGAUCGUAAAGAUUGAUGAUCUCAGCCAUAGAGGUGGGGCCAGCCGCGUGUUUUUUUUUGUUUUGUUUUUUUGUUUCCAUGUGCUUGGAGGGGGUCAGGUCACCUAAACAUACACACUGCCUUGAUACACCUUCACUGGCAAAGACACAUGCUGACUUGAUACACACUCACUGAUUUGAGAUACACACACACACACACUCACAGAUUUGACACACACACUGAUACUGCAACACUCACAAAUUAUUACUUUUUUAAAUUUAAAUCCACUUCCUAUCUUUAAAAGAGAUGUAGUGGAUCAGCUUUCCCUGGGGUCCAGUGGGGCUGUUGCCAUCUCCCUGCUCUGAUCACUAGAGCGCUGUUCAGCGUCAGAUACUGGACCAAAGGUCUGUUUCGAUCCAGGAAGCGCCUCCAGUGGCUGUCUGGGAGACAGCUACUGAAGGCAGACUUAGUGCUGCAAUGUAAACAUUGCAGUUUCUCGGGAUCUGCAAUGUUUUUCAUUGCAGCACUAAGUGCAAAAGGGACACUGGACUCAUCAUUUAAAUAUGUCUGUUUUAUUGCAGUAAAAGUUACAUGUAUGGAGAACAUUUAUGAGGAAUGAUUUACAGUGCCAGAGAAAAGGGACAGGGUCUACACAUAAAAUCCACUUCAUUAAGUUGUAGUUGGAUUGAUGCUUUGAGUUGGUCAAUGCCAACCUGUAGUAAAGGAACAUACCUACGUUUAAAAACUAUUACCAGGUAGAUUUCUUGCAUCCUCUAUUGAUACCUCUCAAGUGUGCCUAUUCAGAAGGGAUAGUCCCUAUUUUGGGCCCAAAUCCCUUUAUCCCUCUUUUCUCUUCUAUUUCUGUUUUCUAAGAGCGACUUAUUGUUGGUGUGUCUGAGGGUAUAACAAAGCGAUCAUACUCACAGUAUUGUCUUUAACCUACAAUAAAUUUGUUUAGUAAUGAGUUUGUGUAAAUAAGAUUUUAAAUUACAUUUUAGUUGCAUAAACUAUUAGCAAGUCAUCUAAAAUUUUCCAGAAAAGCCACAUACCUGGCCAUAUACCCACUCUUACCCCUAAGUUAAAUUAUCCCACUUUUAUCUAUUUGGAAUAUUGGUAGUUAUGCCCAUUUAAUAAAGUUUUUCCACUCGGCCCCAGGGAGACUGUCUGUGCCUACUGUCUCUCCUCCUCUAUGGACAAAGGUUGCACGUUUGUACCCAGUAUUACGAAUGUAUCAAUGUCAUUCAGAGGUUGCCCAAUAGAAUUCUUACAUAUUCAAUGUUUUUUUGGUUUUAUAGAAGUUCCCAAAACCAUUCUCAUGCACCAUAUUGCUUUCUACAACCGAUUCUAAAUACUUAAAGAAUAAACCACCAGGGAUCCAUAGGAACUAAACGGGAUUACAUUUGUUAGUCCCUGUUGCAGUACAUUUUAGAGUUAUUUUACUUUAAAUAGGUCAGUAUCAUGCUUUCUUUUGAAGAGGUGAGUAAAGAAAAGGUUCUUUGAUCUUGUAUAGAAGGAAGCAGUUAUUUAUUUAGUUAGUCUCUGUUUGUUUUUUAUUAGUUUCAUGUUCAGUUAGUAGUUCAGUUAGAUAGUCCACUCUACUCUCAUUCCUCAAAGAUCUCUAAAAUAAGAACCGUUAAAGGAACACUUUUUGAUUUAAAGGGAUACUAUAAACAACCAGACCUCCUCAUCCCAGUGAUGCCUCUACCUCUUGUAUAUACAGUGAUGCAGGGCUGUGGAGUCGGUAAAAAAAUCUACAGACUUUGACUAAAUGUAGCCCAGGGCUCGAGUCCUGCAGGAACGCAUGGGAAUGGCGUUCCUGCACUUUUUCCAAAGCAGGAACGCCGUUACCUGUCCUGCAGGACCGGCCCUGCUACCUGCACAGAGAGGCCAUCACACGCUGUGUUCCCUCUCCAGCUAUAACUCUCACGGCUGUUACCAUGGCAACGCUCCGCACAGGCGAGUCUCGCGAGAGUUAGAGCUGGAGAGGGAACACAGCGUGUGAUGGCCCCUGUGUGCAGCGGCUGGCUCCCUCCACCGGACCACCAGGUGAUCUCCCCCCUCCCUGACAAGGUAAGAAGCAGGGAGGGGGGAAUAAAAUAAAAAUUAUACAUACACAUAAAGUAAGAAAAAAUGCUUCCCCCCCCACACACACAUCAUCCAGCACUCACACACACACCCAUCAUCCAGCACUCACACACACACCCAUCAUCCAGCACUCACACACACACCCAUCAUCCAGCACUCACACAAACACCCAUCAUCCAGCACUCACACAAACACCCAUCAUCCAGCACUCACACACACCCAUCAUCCAGCACACACACACCCAUCAUCCAGCACUCACACACACACAUCAUCCAGCACACACACACACACCCAUCAUCCAGCACACACACACCCAUCAUCCAACACUCACACACACACAUCAUCCAGCACUCACACACCCAUCAUCCAGCACACACAUCAUCAGCACAUACACCAUCCAGCACACACAUCAUCCACAGCACACACACACACAUCAUCCAGCACACACACACACACAUCAUCCAGCACACACUCACACAUCAUCCAGCACACACACACACAUCAUCCAGCACACACACACACAUCAUCCAGCACACACACACACAUCAUCCAGCACACACACACACAUCAUCCAGCACACACACACCAUCCAGCACACACACAUAUACACAUCAUCCAGCACACACAUCACCCAGCACACACACACACACACACACACACAUCAUCCAGCACUCACACACACAUCAUCCAGAACACACACACACACACCAUCCAGCACUCACACACACGUCAUCCAACACACACACUCAUCAUCCAGCACUCACACACACGUCAUCCAGCGCGCACACACACGUCAUCCAGCGCGCACACACACGUCAUCCAGCGCGCACACACACAUCAUCCAGCAUGCACACACAGUGCAUUCAUUAUACACACUCUUCACUCACUACAAACACACUACAUUCACUAUACACUCACUACAAACACACUACAUUCACUAUACACCCUCUGCAUUCACUAUACACAUUCUGCACUCACUACACACUACAUUUACUAUACACACUCUGCAUUCACUACAUACACUGCAUUCAUUGUACACACUCUGCACUCUCUACAAACACAUUAAAUUCAUUAUACACAAUUUGCACUUACUACAAACACUACAUUCAUUAUACACACUCUGCACUCACUACAAAAACACUACAUUCACUAUACACACUGCAUUCACUAUACACACUGCACUCACUACAAACACACAUUUAUUAUACACACUGCACUCACUACAAAUACACUACAUUCAUUAUACACACUCUGCACUCACUAAAAACACACUGCAUUCAUUAUACACACUCUGCACUCACUAAAAUACACUACAAUUAUUAUUCACACUGCACUCACUACAAACACACUACAUUUAUUAUUCAUACUCUGCAUUCACUACAAACACACUACAUUCAUUAUACACACCCUGCACUGCACUAUAUGCAUAGGAGUGUAAUUUUUUUUUUAAUUUUUUUUAAGGGGGAGGUGGGAAUCUUGGGUGAGUUCCCACACUUUUUUCCCCAGGACUUGACCCCUGAUGUAGCCUAUAAGUCGACCUAUAAAUACUACAGCCAUUCUAUAGGUUCAGGCUUAUAUUCACCAGAUAAGGCAACCCCCAAAAUCAUGUGCUAUUUCUACACCUAGCUAGGCCUGUAGACUCCUAUUACAUUUUGAAAUACGUCAACAGACAGUCCUAUUUCACAUACAUUUAAAAUUUUAGUUUUAUUUACUGUAUCCUGUUGUAGAACAGGUUAUUUUAUUAUACAAUUACUAAGAUGGUCAGAGUUUAGAUGUAGACAAAGCAUUAGCGUUUAGUUUACUUUUUUUGCCGAUAGCACAUAUGUGCCCAAUGUUAUGCCUUUCUCUAGCCAUUCAGCUGUGUUUACAUAUGAAUUAGACAAUACCGUAGGAGGUAAUGUCAUCUGUUAGUUGAAAUUUGUGUGAAAAGAGUAAGUAAUGGCUCCUAAGCAUACUCAAUUGAGUGACAAUAGUGAUGGUAAGCACUCCAGAAAUUCUGUUUCUUAAUAAAAAGAAGUUGGAAGUGAUUAAGAGGUAUAACAAAGGCUGAAAGCAUUGCGUGUGUCAAUAAUGCAUUAGGCCAAAGCCUUAUUUUCAUCUCUGCCACGUAUCAACUACUUUAUGUUUAGCAUAUUAGUAGACCCUUAAAUUAUGAAAGUUUUUUUUUUUUUGUAUAAAAUAUUAAUUUGUAUGCUGGCUUAUAUGGUAAAUUAUAAUAUGGCGCGUGUAAUAUAAUUAUACACUAUGUCAUGUUACAUAAGUCCGUUAUUAUUUACUCUUCUGAUUAUUUAGCCAUAAUAUUUGAUUUAAUAAAGAUAAUGAAACACGUUUGUUGCGCUGCAUUCAGCAUUAAAGGAUCACUAUAGUGUCAGGAAAACUAAGCGGUUUUCCUGACACUAUAGUGCCCUGAGGGGUCCCCCUCCCGCUGGGCUGAAGGGGUUGAAACCCCUUCAGCAGCUUACCUUUUUCCAGUGCUGGGCUCCCUCGGCGUUGGUGACCUCUCCUCACCCGCCGACGUUAGCUCCCUCCCCCGCGCGCACAUUCAAGCUGUCAAUAGGAAAGCAUUUUUCAAUGCUUUCCUUUGGACGCUCUGCACGAUGGAGGCAUAAUAUGCCUCCAGCAUCACAGAUGCGCCUCUAGUGGCUGUCCGGAAGACAGCCACAAGAGGCUGGCUUAACCCUGCAAUGUAAACAUAGCAGUUUCUCUGAAACUGCUAUGUUUGCAUCUGAAGGGUUAAAACCUGAAGGACCUGGCACCCAGACCACUUCAUUGAGCUGAAGUGGUCUGGGUGACUUCAGUGUCCCUUUAAAUUAUCUUUUUAAUUGUGUAUCAUGUUAUGUAAUUAGAAAAAAGGCUAAUGUUAUGAGCCACUAAAUGUUAUAAAUAAAAAUUUGUUUCCACAAUUUUGGCAUCUAGAGUAUAUAAUAUAAGGAAUCAGCGGGGCCAGUGUCUGAGAUGGAGGUUUUGUGCUCUGACUUCACAGCCCUGAUUUGCAGUGCCCCUGGCAUUUUGCUCACACAGUGUCAAUUAUUGCCAUCCGAUGGAGAUACAACAGUGUCUGCAUUGCUGGGCCAAACACAUGUUCAGUGGUUGUUACCCUGUCAGGCACUAGAUGGUGCUACCGCUUUCAGAGCUUAGUUUGACUGGGUUCUUGAUGUUCGAUGGCCUCACACAUUGCUUGUGGACAUCACAUGUGCAAUCAAUGCUUCACAUAGAAUAGCAUUGGAUUCACUCCUUUUCCAUGUGAAGCAUUUGAUUUUCACAGUGCAGAGAUUGUGUGUGUGUGUAUUGAUUAAGUGAGGCAAUAUGUAAUGUUCCUGUAAUACUACUACAUUACCACUAAAUUCUCUUUAAAAAGCAUGAUUAACAAACCCGUGAAAUGCACAUGUUUUUAUUAAUUGAAAUAAAUCCUUGAAUAACAAAAUUAGUGUUAUUCAUUUUUUUAUGAAUGGAAUUGCCAGGUCAUGAGUGCAUGUAUUCAGGGCUCCCAAUAGCCCUUAUUUUGGCUUGACAGUUUGAAUUUUGUGGUCCUAUCACGAUUUACACUAAACAUGAUAAAUGCAGCACUUUUGUUUUUGCCCCCAUUUUUCAUGAGCUGAAAUCUGUUGAUUUGGUUAAAUCCAAGCACACUGUAAAGUGCUAUGCAAAAAUGGGUUAACAAUAUAUAUCUUUUUCUUUUUUUAGAUUCUUCACAAUAUCUCCAUGAGCUACUCGAAGGGAGUAUAAUCCACCUGCCUGCCGUAGAAAUACCUAAACGGGUAAUUAAACUAAGAAGUUAUUAAAUACAAAAUGCUGAUUUACAAAGGGAGUACAUGGUGACUUAAGAAAGUCUGUCUGCUUUAUUAAAUAGCAGGCAUUCUUUUUUUACAGAACAUUGUGACUUUAGUCCAUUCCUCAGUAUCAUUAAAUACACACCCCAUGCUGUUUCUGUUUGGUGACUGCCCUUGACUGGUAUCACAGUGAGUGAUUUUCAUUUUCUCUAUGCCUGACAUUAACAGUCGCCAUAUCCAUUUCAUAUGAAAUAAAGUGACUUUCUUCCAUUAAAAAAUGGGCCUGCCUUUCCUGCGGAAUAGAGCAUUCCCGCCGGGUAUGGCAGCACGGAACUUCCGUAAUCUAGAAAGGAUAGGCUUACAGCGCAUCUAUCAGCUAGUGCAGGAUACAGGGGUGGUGGCCUUUGACACACUACAGCAACACGGACAUCUCACAGCCGCCGAUUUUUUUAGGUACCUCCAGGUAAAAGACUUUGUGACACUGCCCUGGGUCAGAACAGCGGCCAAACAAACCAUGACCUUUUUCGAAAUCAUCUGCCUCCAGGAUCAUAUCCCGGCGGGUCUAAUAACUCGGCUUUACGCCCACCUCUGCUCGGAACCUAAUGCAGGGGGAGACCUAGUUUACACAGAGCAAUGGGAGAGAGACCUGGGGGAACAAUUAGAAGGCAUUGAAUGGCAGGAGAUAUGGGAAGCCAAUCACACGUCCUCAGUUUGCGUAACAAUACAAGAGCAAGCGGUAAAAACUAUGCUCCGAUGGUAUACCACUCCAGUAAGAUUACACCAAAUGAGAAAGAACCCAAAUGACACAUGCUGGAGAGGAUGUGGCAUGAAAGGGACGUAUAUCCACAUGUGGUGGGAAUGCCCAGUAAUAGUGAGAUUCUGGAAACGAAUAAGUGAGCUACUAACCCAGGUCCUGUCCAGAGCCCCCCCCCUAGAUCCGUGGCUGUUCCUACUAAGUAGAACGAUUGAUGGGUGGACCAGACGAGAACAAAAACUCAUUCAUAAAAUAACCCUAGCAGCUAGGAGAGCAGUAGCAGCAGAUUGGCUUAAACCAACAACCCCGGCGGUAGCAGGGGUCAUAACUAGAAUAAGAGAGGUACGCAUAAUGGACGACCUGACGGCAAGAGUUAGGGGAACAGAAAAACAGUUCCAAAAAAUAUGGGCACCCUGGGAUGACAGCCCCCUAGCAUAGAGAGGCCCAACACGCCCUCCCAUCAAUAGCAAGUCGUACACUAGAAAGAAUCGCUGAUGCCUCUAACCCCCCCCCCCCUCAUUCACCUCUAAUACCCCACUUUCUGUCUUUCUCUUUCUUUCCCUCACUAUACUCAAUACACAAAGCUAAGUAGAGCAAAUGCAACUCACAGGGUGGGGGAGAGCGGGGACGGUGCGCGCGUAGAGCUGUGGUGAAGAGAAAAACAGUCAACGCGCUACUCAACGCAGGCUAAGACCACCUGUAUGAAUUGAUAAUCUCCCCAUACAAUACAGGCCCCAAUAUUUACGAACUACAGAGAACACGCAACACAUACAGAUUACGCACGGCUAACAGGCGUAGUGUAAACUAAAAUAAAUAACAAUGAAGGCAUGCCUGAGCAUGAAAAAUGUUUUAGUUGCUGACAUACAAUGCCUGUACUCGGAAAAAAGAUGUAGCGACUUGGUUUUGUGUAUAUAAAAUGUGCACUGUUCAUUAUUAUGCCACAUAUCUGUUACAGCAUGUAUCCAUUAUGUUUGCACCAGCUGUCGUGGCAGUGCAAAAAUGAUUGUUAAAUAUAUGCACAAAUAAAAUAAAGAAUUUAAAAAAAAAAAAAUGGGCCUGUUAUUGUAACAAUAAUUAGUGAAAGCUAAAUUGCUGCUAACUUGUUUUGCUGAUGUUUUAAUGUUUCACCAUUUUCUUUGGUAUUUUAAAAGGUAGGUUUUUGCCUUCAGUGAAAACACUCUGUGCUCUUGGUAUUUCUGCAUUUUUUUUAUUUUUUAUUAAAUAUUAUGAAUACUUAGAAUUUUAGCCACUGGUCAGGUGCAUGAUGGAAAUAUGUCCUCUGCCCGUGUUGUCUGAAGACUAGGAGUCAUUCAGACUUGAUUGUCUUGGUGGUGUUUUGUCUGGGAAGGAGACAUUGCUUGCUUUUGUAAUGCUGAUCUGUUGUUUGUUUGCUCAGAACCCAGAACUUGUGGCACGCUUGGAAAAGAUCAAAGCAAAGUUAGCAAAUGAAGAUUACAGACGGAUCACAAAGAAUGUCAGCUGUCAGGUACAGGAACCCCCAAUGAAUUUCCAUAUUCACAUACCAGAAUGACUCCUAGCAGAGGUGAAUUAAACACUAAGGGAGGUCUAUUCUAGUCUUAAUUGGGAUAGAGACUUUAAAGAGACACUUCAGGCAACAUAACCACUGGUGCUUUUUAUAGUGGCUAUGGUGCUCACAACCUCUGUACUCUCACCUUUUAAAAAGUAUCCUGCUGUCUUCAUUAAUUCUGAAAGAGUUUCUCACACAUUAUUUGCCCAAAGUGAAGCUGUAAUUUACAAUCUGAGCUGGGCAGGGAAUAAUGUGCAUGCUUACAGUACAGUUAUUGCUGAUGUAGGUAACCAGAUUUUCAGGACACAUUGUUGUGUAAUGGCAAAACCCUGGGAUGGAGUCCUGACACUGGACAUUUUAGAAUCAAUAAAGAAAAUGUAUAGUUUUGAAGGGUGAGCGUGCGCGCACAGGGUCCUCGUGCCCUAACUACUAUAAUAUGCAAUCAUAAUAAUGAAGAAAGGAGUAUCCCUUUAUUUUUAAAAGUUUUUUUUCUUUGGUGUGAUAACUAUAAAUAAGUAUUUAGAAAAUAUAUAAAUCAUGAAUGUAGAAUUUUUGUGGGACUUAGAAUUAAAUGUAUCCCCAGUGACAAGAGCCUUCCCAGUGACAAGAGCCUUCAAAUGUUUCUUCUUUCAAAGUUGAAUAAUUAUAAAUUUUGGCAACAUUUUAAGCUAAGACUGCAGCUAAAAGACCCUUGCAUUUAUAGUACACUUUACAGAAAUAACACUAUUAUAGAUCUGCCUAUGAACUUACAGACUGUGAAAUUGUCAGUAUCCCUGAAAUGUAUGUACAUAGGUUUUUUGGGGUUUUUUUUUUUUCCUUCUAAAAUGUACACAUCUUUUAGCUAGCAGGUAGCUUUAUGAGUGAUAUUGAAUUAUACAUGUAUUGUUUUUAUUUUUCUUUAUACAUUUCUCACCAAAUAAAUUAGAAAUGCAUGUUGUGCUUAAAAUGUAUAUUUGUGUUGUGUAUUUUUCUCUGCUAAAACACCAUUAAUGUUUAUUAAUUCUAAGUCAAUCAUCCAGUAUGAAUAGGAAAAUUAAACACUAGCAUUACUUUGCGCCACAUACCUGUCAGCAGUGCAAAGAGAUGAUAAAAUUCUGAGAUUAUAUCUGCCCUUUCCUUUGACAUAGUCUGACACCUUUAAAAAAUAUCUGAAUGCACUCGUUUCAGUUUUCCUAAUAAGCAUAGUUUUAUGUAUGUGUUGUAAUAGCAUGUAAAGAGAUCACUUAUAUUUGCAUUAUAAGGCUCACAAAUAAAUAUGAGCGGUGGGUGUUUUAAAUGGCUUGUUUCACAGCUGGAUAUUCUGCCUUCAGGAGUUUGGACACUGCUAAUGAAACAAUAAAUAUGCUGUCUGAUUGUAAGAACUGUAAUAAAAAAAUACACAUACAAAAGAGGGGGUUGGGAUGGAAAGAGUAAUUGCUAUGAGUCUUUUAUAUGUCCCAACACUAAAUAUGUACAAUAUACUGUGUAAAUCUAUGUAAACUACCGCAAAACAAAUUUGACAUUGUCACUGUUUAGAUGCGCAACACGAUGUUGUCAGUUGAGCACUAUGUACACUUAAUAACUUCAUUCAAAUCAUUGAAACAUUUUUUGAUAUAUCUAUAAUGCAAGACUAUUUGUGAACUUGCUAUGUUUCAGUGUUUACUGAAUCAAUCUGUUUGUUACUGUAUGUGGUUUUUAAAGGGACUCUCCUGGCCUCAAUACAACUUUAAUUCAUUUGAAUAAUUUUGCCUCAUUAAUAUUUUUUGCAUGCUCAAAUCUUUAUAGUCUUUUUGCACAAAAUAAAUGUGUUGCAGAAUGCUAUACCGUAAGCCUGAUUUCAUAGCACAUCCUCUUGUACCAGAAAAACUCUCUUUAUCAAAUGUAUCCUCACAGUCUCAGCCUCAACAGCACUGAGUAAACUGAUUUUAAUCCACAACCUGGCUGCAUACAGAGAAACUAUAAACCGGUUGUGAUAUGCUUACUGAAUGCCUCCCUGGGUGUCCUCCUCCUCCUCCUAAUGCAGGUUGUUCAGAUCAUUCAGUACUGUCAGUGGCUGAGCUGUGUUUUGUGUGUGGUUUUUUUCUGCAGUAAGGCGGCAUUGGCUACAGAGGCAGGCUUGUGCUUCAGCAUUCUGCAAAAAACAUUUAUUUAUUUUUUAAUGCAAAAACUAUAAAGGUUUGAGCAUGCAAAAAUAUAGCAUAUGCAGUAUUAGGCCGAAAGAUAUUAAAUGCAUUAAAGUAGUAUUGGUGCCCGAGUGUCGCGUUAAUAUUCUUCUUAUAGAAAUAAACCCCUUCUAUCUUUUACAGACAGGAAGAAAUGGGACACUGGCUGAAUUCAGCAAGCAAGGUGAGAUGCAGGUUUUGAAGUACAAAAUGUGAAAUCUGAAAAUAAAUACAUUUGAAAAUCUCCAGCUCAGCUAUUUUAUGUAGAAUUUUCCGUUCUAUGGUUUAGUUCUGGCAAUUCUUGCAUAUUUUUUGGAUGAGGAAUUAUUUCAGAACUCUUCAGAGUCUUACGUUACUUUUACCUUAUGUGAAUGGAUUAUCAUCAAAGUACUAAUGUUUCACAACAUUCAAAAUAUUUGCCUGGACGUAAUAGGCCUGCUAGCUUAAAGUCUGUGGCUGGGAAAGUAUAUUUAAAAGGUUAUUAAGGCAUAAAAUUCAGGAAUUAAUUAGGAAGCAAUAAUUAACAUGGUUUUAUGAAACAUAGGUCAUGUCAAACUAACCUAAUUGCAUUCUACAAAGAAGUAAGUAGAAGUAUAGAUCAGGGUGUUGCAGUGGAUGUGAUCUACUUUGAAUUUUGCCAAGGCGUUUGAUACAGUUCCUCACAACAGGUUAGUGUUCAAACUAAAAGAAAUUGGUCUUGAUGAAAAUUCUUGUUCUUGGGUAGAACAUUGGCUUGAAAAUAGAGUGCAGAGAGUUGUCACAUGUAAUGGCACACUGUCACAGUAAUGGCACAUUUUCAUGCUGGACAAAGUGUUAAGUGGUGUCCCUCAGGGUUCUGUUUUGGGACCCAUUCUAUUUAACAUAUUUUUUUUAAAUGAUCUUGAAACAGGCAUUGAAAGCCAUGUUUCAGUGUUUGCAGAUGACUCAAAACUCUGUAAAGUAAUACAAUGUGAACAGGAUACUGCUUUGCUGCAGAUGGAUUUAGAUAGAUUGAGGGACUGGCCACUCAAAUGGCAGAUAAUAUUUAUAACAAAUUAUUUAACCAGGAAAGGUACAUUCAGAUUACUCUGGUUUUCAAUUUAAUGUAGAAAAAUGCACUUUGGGGUAAAGAAUGCACAAGCAACCUACACCCUAAAUGGUAGUGAAUUUGGGAUGACAACACACGAGAAGGAUUUGGGAAUUGUUAUGGUCACCAAACUAGGUAACAAUAUGCAAUGUCAAUCGGCAGUUGCUAAGGACAGUAAGGUAUUAUCAUGUAUAAAUAGGGGCAUUAAUUUUUGGGAUAAAAAUAUAAUUUUGCCUAUUUAUAAAUAACUGGUAAGACCACACCUUGAAUAUGCUGUGCAAAUUUGGGCACCUGUUCUAAAGAAGGAUGUUAUGGCACUAGAAAAGGUACAGAGGAGGGGUAGAAAAUUGAUUAAGUUAGAAAGGUUAACACAUUUAAAUCUCUUUAGUCUGGCAAAACGGUGCUUCAAGGGGGAUAUGAUAACAUUAUACAAAUAUAUUUGGGGCCAAUACAAACCAUUAUCUGGAGAUCUAUUCAUAAACAGGACUAUACAUAGGGCUCAAGGUCAGGUAUUUAGACUGAAAGAAAGGAGAUUUAGUCUGACAAAGAAAAGGUUUUUUUUACAGUAAGAACAAUAAGGAUGUGGAAUUCUCUGUCUGAAGAGUUGGUUUUAUUAGAGUCUAUACAGCUAUUUAGCAGCAAUUGGAUAAAUAGUUGCAAUAAACAUAUUAUUCAGGGAUAUCAUUUUUAAUUAGUGGGGUUAUAGCUUCUUGGUCCAAGAAGAUACCUGACUGCCAUUCUAAGGUCAAUAAGUAUUUUUUUCCUGGUUUGUUGGAAAGUUACUACAGCAAAAACAAAUGUGUGAGAGGCUGAACUUGAUGAGCACAUGUCUCUUUUCAGCUAUAUAACUGUACUAACGUGUGGAAUUCUAGCCUAAUAAAAAGGAGCUAAGAAAGGAAAACUAUACUUUUUAGACCAAUAGAAUGCCUAAAAUGGAGUUGACAAACUGGAAUCCAGUUGCAGGUACACACAUAUUCCUAAUAAUGGUUCUUGCAUUCAUAAGGUUAGAAUGUGGUCCAUUUACACAUUUAGUGCCUGGAAUGUCUUUUAGGCAAAUUGUAUAAUAAUGAUGGGAAAUAUGUCUCCGGAAUCAUAUUAGUAGUUAUGGGAGAGGUGGGGCUCUUUGUUUGCCUUGCUGUAGAUUUUGUAUAAUGCCACUGACAAGGAGAUUACACAUUGAGUGCUGCAUUGCUAAUUAGUAUGUUAAAAAGGCCUAGCUAGCAACAAAGAAAAAGGAAACGACUUCUUAGCAUUUUCCACAAGUCACUUCAAACCCCUUUUGUUUGUUUUUUAGUGUUUGUUUUUUUGUAACCUAAUUAAAAAGAUAACUCCCUUCAAGAAAAAAAAAUCGUCAAACCAGAAGAGCACUUUUGACAUUUCGAUUUAGUUUAUUUUCUUUUACACAGACACUGUUCCAUGCUGUCACAUACAAUGAAAGCUCCCCAUUGAUGCUUCUAUAUAAAAUAAAAUAAAACACAUAAAUGGAUAUUUAACACAUUUUCCUUGCAACAUAUAUGCUCAACAUAGUUUGGUUUACAUCAUGGGUCGUCAACCUGGUCCCGUUUCAGGAUUCCAGGUGGGCGGUAGGAAUUUCAGUGGCUAAAUCUUUUUUUUUUUUUUUUGAGGAUUUCUUCUUUUUGGGCGGGCGCAAAAUUUCAGUGACCGGCAGGAGGGAAGCGCUCCUUCCUGCCAGGCCACAUUCUGGACCCCCAGUGUGGCAGUGGUAAGAUCAGACGCGGCGAGAGAGUUUUCUGAUGCCGCGGGAGCUGGAAUAUGACAUCAUAUUCCGACUCCUGGCAUCAGUAGACAGCCCGCGAGGGAGCAGAGAGGUUAGAGCUCCCUCGCCCCCUCAGAUUUGAACUCUGCCGCCCGCUGACGUGAAGCCCCACUGGACCCCAAGGACACAUCCACACCAGCUCUCCAGGUAAGGAGGCUGGGUGGACAUUUAAUAUUAAUAAUUUGUGUGUAUGUAAGUGUGUGUGUGUGUGUGUGUGUGAGAGCAGAGUACUUGUAGAAUAGAAGAAAGAAGGAGCAAAGUAUUUGUAAAAUGGAGAAAGAAGGCACAGAGUACUUGUAGAAUAGGAGAAAGAAAGAGUAGCGUACUUGAUAAAAAGGUAAAGGAAAGAAUUGUUGUUGGCUAAUAAUAGUAAGUGGGCUGCCUAGCUCAGCCUUCCUACUGGGCAUUGCUAUAAGGAAGGUUAAAAAAUAGAAAAAAGGAAGAAAAAAAAGGUGUGGAGGGGAAUUGAGGAGGCAGAGGAGGGGAGCUGACGCACAGAUGAGAAAUCAUAAUAUGAACAAACAGAGAAAUCGUCUGAAUAUCACUGAAAGAGGAGACCUUUGUUUGUUCCUUAUGAAAGUCGAACCAGAUAUAAAAUAUUUACUCUCGCAACCUCAAGGAUCUCAUUAAUCACUAGUAAAGGUAAUUUCAAUUUACUUUGUUUUCUCAUUAAACUUUAUAAAGUUAAAAACAUUAUAAACAUGCAUAAAGUAGAAAUAAAAAGAUAAAUGUACGUACAUUUAUUUUUUUUUAAAACACCCUCCUUUCUAAAAAAUAUUCUGCACUUGCGCGAAAACUGGUGGGCGGUAAGGACAUUUUUCCAUCAAGAAAGAUGCAUUAGUGGGCGGUAGGUAGACAAAGGUUGACUACCACUGGUUUACAUAGUUAAUUAUUGAUUCAGAAAGCAUGAUUUAUCCUUUUUUCUCAUAAUGUGAAUACUCUGAUAAACAUCUAUUUAAUAACAGAGAAGUCUGUCUCCCUUGAUUUGAUUACAUGUCCAAGCAGCCUGAGGGAACCUAUUGCCACCAUGUGACCUCAUUGCACAUAGGGCUGAGAUAUUUUUUAAAUUUUACGUACUCUAGAGUUACCAUACUUUUCUCUAACUUCUUGCCUGACACACUUUUCUAUCUCCCUUAUCCUGGACUUGUAGAGGGCUUCAACACGCGAUAUAUAAAAUGUAUACAUAACGCCAAACAAUACUUAAUCUCAGCUCCAAUAGUUAUAUAAAAUAUGAACAUAUUAGUGAAAUUUUUUAAUUCUGUAAAUUUACAGAAAUGUGUUUUCAAACUGUAUUCUACACACAACGUCAUUUUACUCUAAAUUCCCUAGCUGUAAAAAGUACUCUGUACUGAAGGAGUUAACAUCUUUGCUGCUCUUCUCUUUGUGACACAUUACAGUAUAGGUCCAACUAGUACACUGAAAAGGGGGGUGAACAUUAAAGUGCUUUUAAUCCUGUUAACCUGUAAGGUAAUUAAACCUUGAUGAAAGAAAGGUUUGCUCUUGACCAAGUGUUUUUUACCCAGCCCUAUGAUAGCAAGAACAAUACAACCACAAAGACUUUAGGCCAUUUAAUAGGGUCUAAGUAAUUAUGGACCAAAAGAUCUGUUUCUGCUUUAUGCAAAAUUAUGCUUUUUAAAAAAAAAAAAAAUUUUAUUUAUUGAUAUAUCCUAUGACGCUUUGUCUGACUUUACAUUGGCAGAGCAUCAUGAGUCUCUCUUUUUGUGUGACAUGGCCUACAACAAUAAUACUGAAAAUCUUCUGUACACUGUUACACUCUGACCAACUGAUUGAAAGGGUAGCUCUCUUAAAAUAUAUUUUUCCUCCAAUGUAUUCAGUUUAUCCCCUUAAAAAAAAAAAAUAAGUUUCAUUAGUUGGUGAUAGAUUCCCCUCUCUACCAAACUGUUUCAUCUUUAUAUUUUGUCACAGAAUCUGUGACAGAAUGUUUUUUUAUUCUUUAUUUGAAGAAACACAUGAAGGCAAGUCAACACAUGGUAAUACAUUCACACCUCGUGAUCAUACAUCUGUGCUUUUACAUAUCUUGCCUGCAAUGGUAGAGGUUUUUCAAGGUGUGUAAUAACUGGGUGGAUUCCACAAACUGGGUAGAAAAGAAAAAAGGAAAAAAAGGGGCAAGGAGGAGAUUUUCCCCUCCCUCUAUAAACACUGAGAUUAUUUAUUAGGAUUAACCAACAUGCAACAGAAUCAGUUUUUUGACUGUGCGUUUGACCAAUCCAGUGUGUCUCACUGAGAAGCCUUGGAGUGGCAACACGCAGGGAAGAUGGGUAGCACAUGGCAGAGGAAGAAAUAAUGCUCUGUGCACAUCAGAUCCUAUAGUCUUAUUGUCAGAUACUCCCAGCACAGAGUUUACACGUAUUGCAAGUUAUGGGGGAAAUUUAUCAGUGGUCUAACAGUGAUUGUUAAAUUACAUAAUUAGUAUUGCCAUAUUUUUUAAAGUGUUCUAAUAAAGUGGCGGUUUUCUUCAUAGUAAAUUCCGCCAGUUUUCCAGUUUGUAUCAGAAGACCGCCAGAUUUAGAGUGGUGAAAACAAGACAGAAAGGGAAACAGAACGAUGUUUUGUCAGAAAUAGUUGAGGAUAAAUCUUUAAAUCAAUGGGAAAUUGUGUAUUUAAAAAUGAAAGUUAGGGCACAAAAGAAGUAACAGAUGAAAAUGACUGACAGUUUUAGUAAAUUGUGCUGAAAAUUAGACUUAAAAGUGAUAGUGUCGCUUUAAUAAAUCUUCCUUUAUGAUUUAAGACGUUGUACAUACUAAUGCCAUAAAAUGUAAAACUGAUCUAAGAUUGAUUGUGGGAGAUGGAGCUAUACACAAAAAUAGACCGUUUUCUGCUAAAUCAGAAAACUUUAAAAUGUAAUACUGUAGGCACAGAUAGGCUUAUUGCACCAUAAUCACUUCAGUAAGUUAUGCUGCUUGAGUGACCAUUUGAAGAUCAGAAAAGCCUAAAGAAAUAUCAGCAAUAUAAAAUCAUUCUGUAAUAAAUAUUAUAUAAGGCAGUGUGGUAAGUGUUUUCUUCGUCUUGUGUGAUGUAAUAAAUCAAAAUACAUCACUUUGCUCUUACUUUUUAUUAUGUUCAGACUGUAAUGUUUAUUUGAAAUGUCUAAUGAAUUUGUGGUUGCACUGUUUGUGUCUAUCUUACAACUAAUGUUUGAUAAACUGGAAAAAAAAUGAAAUGAGCAAAUAUAAAUGUAAACAAAAAAUCUAAGCAAUUAAAAAUCAAUAUCACCAUUGUAAUCCUACCCCCUUAGUGCAGGACAGUAUUGUGCCUUUCAAAAAUAACAAAAGCCCUGAGUGUAGCUAAUUUGUGCCAUUAUGUCCUUUAAUAGCAAAUUACAUGUUAAAUCACCCUGAUUGAGAGUUGUCCACAAUGGGUUUAGUGUUGGAUAUCCCAGUGGUUCCCAACCUCUUAGACCAAGGCACACUUCUAAACAUCACAUUUUGUUGUGACUUUACCUUAGCAGUAUUCAUGCUAAUUACUCGGUAAAUUGAUCUGCAAAUUCUAACUGCUUGUCAGAUGGGAAUCCCAAUUUUAAUGCUGAUACUCAUUAAAUAAACCGUGCUUAAACACUGCAUUCAGCCUAUUACAGCUAAGACGUCAAUGUGUUUGUGGCACACUUUGAGAUUGCUUGAGACACACCAGUUGAAAAUCACUGAGGUUAUUCCAUGGUGAAAGUAAGCAACGUUUGUAAUAUCAGAAAUUGUAUCCACCUAGUUUGUUUUCACUUGCUUCUUUAAUUAUUCUACCUUUUUAAUUUUGUCUCUUCAGUUCGACCUGUGAAGACAAUGGUGAUAACAGUGUUCAACUUCUUCAUCACAAUUGCUGCUGCUUUUGCUUGCACCUAUAUUGGCAGCCAGUAUUUGUUCACAGACACUGCUGCGGUAAGUGGGGCCUGGAAACACUGAACCGUAAUGUUGACUAUUUUAGGGCUUUGUUACCAGUCUUCUGUAUCAAUAGGCAAUUCUAUCUGUGUAAAGACGACAUGCCAAAAAGCAAGCAAUAUAUACCUCUUAUUUCACAGGAUCAUAGCUAUUAAUUCACAAUGUGUAACGCGCUUUGCAUGCCCUUUUACAACAUGACAUUGUCUUGUCACAAAAAGACAUAUUAUGGAGUGAGUAUUUACAGCUUUGCCUAUGGACAGAAGAUAAUAUAGGAUGCAAGGAGCAUGUCAACACAGUACAUAAAGACAAAAUAAUUGAAACCAUCCCUGGGUAUCCAGAUCACAGCAGAAACACUUCAUUUUGUGAUCUGCUUGCAUAUGUUUUCUUUUUCUGAUUUAACUUUUUUUUGUCUUGGGUAUUCUCUUUCUUGGGGAAACAACUCAGGACAGUGUUUCAUAGUAGGAACUGUUCACAGUAUUUAGGACAACAGGGUGGUAAGUUUACCUGGUUUGUGAAUAAAGUUGCCAUGCUGUGCUGAUGUUAUUCUUAUGUAAUGGCAUUAUAAGGAACAGUAGUAUUUGGAACUUUAUAGUGGGAACUGUACCUCUGCAGAUCUAUGUGUUACAUUAGAAUUCCCUGCAUGCAUAAAAUACGGUGAAUUGUUUGUCAUUAUACAUUAGUGACUAUGAGCAACUUUUAGACAGAACAUAAUCACAGACUGCACUCACGAAUGUGAGUAUACAUAAGUAAGUAAAUAUACAUAAGACUGUGAUAAUCGGAGAGCAAACUAUGUCCUCGUGUUUCUACUGGUUAAAUAAGAGACCAUGUAAAUCUCUGCUUUUAUUCUCUUUAUAUUUGUUGGGGGGGAAAAUUGAUUAAGUAUUUUAAACUGAAUACAAUGUGAUGACUACCGUCUUAUCAAGCACUUCUGCAGGUUUAAUGUAACUCUUAAAGGAACCUCUAAAACAAUAUUUACGUUGUAAAUUGUACUCUGUGAAAAAUUUUUACUAUAACUAAGUUUCUAAUUUUUCACUCUCUUUCCCAGCGGGUUCUCAGCUCUGUAAUUGUGGCAUCCUUGGUGGGCUUGGCAGAACUGUAUGUUCUGGUCCGAACAAUGGAAGGACAACUUGGAGAACUUUAGCCAAUGGCAUACGACACCACUAGAAGCAAACCUGGUCUGUUCUGAGCUGGACUCGAAGAAAUAUCUUCAGGAUAUGGAAAUGAUGUUUGUUUAUUGAAAAGUUAAAGUAACAAGAAUACAUUUCUCCUAUAACUUUCCUACAUUCCAGCAUUGCGUACACCAUAUCUACUACUUAUAUUAAUAUAUUUUAUUGGGUAAAAAAUAUUUAAUCUGUUGGUUUCCAUUACUUUGGAAUUUCUUUGAGGAUUUUUUUCAUUUCAUACACAUACUUCGACUUCGUUACCAUUCCCACCACGAUAUAGCAAAGAAGUCCUCUCUCUGUAGCCAUCCACUUACCCAAUCCUACUGGGCAAACUAACAGUCCCCUUUAUCGGAGCGCAGGGGUUUGACAUUAGGUGAGAGGAAUGCUAGAUGGAAUAAGGUGUGGACUCCACAGGGUUCCCAAUAGUAAAGUUGUUAGUGCAGUGAGUAACUUCUGAGGAAUCCUUUCUAAACCUAUCUGCUGCUGUAGGCUCCUGUUGCCAAGUUUAGAGAGCAGAGCUUUCAUAACAAAUUCUUUUCUACCUUAGAAAUACAUUCGUUUUGUUGCCAUUGCUGGUUUUCUUUAACUUGCUCCAGCCUUCAGAAAUAUGAGAAUUUGAGAAAUCAAAGCAAUAAAAAUUGUUGAAACUAGUAAGUCUCUUCUACCUUACAAAUUAAUUCACUAUAAGGUUUCACGCAAUUAUUUGUGCAGAAGAAUCAAGGUUUUAUCUGUGAAUUCAUAUGAGGAUCUUUGACUUUUACCCUAAUCUGUGCAGUAGAUGAGUGUUCUAAGACGUAAUGAUGUACAAUUCUACUUAUUGAUACAUAAGCAGUAUCUCCAGCCAUGCUUCCCUGCAGAAUAGUGUUACAGCAACUAAACUGGGCAGGAAUUUAAACCCAUUUUAGUAAUGAUCAUUUUCACUUUCUUGUGCAUAAUUUGCUCGUUGCUGAAUUUUCCAUAUUAAUGAUUGUUCCUUGUCUUUUACACUUCAAAGUGGUUUAUUUAAACUUUUGUUUGAUUCGUUGUAUUGUUUUGCUUUUGCAGAUUUACUUUAUUUAAAGUUUUCAAAAACUGUAAUACUUAUUUUAAAAUUUACCUGAAUAAAUUAUUUAUGAACUUCAUAAAUUAACAGUGUUUAUGUGCUUUAUAGAUAUCUUUAGUUAGUUCAACCAACAUGAAGCUUUCUGGC